CACAAAGUUUCUUUACUAUGCAGAGCUGCUGAGGACAGAAGACAGCUGCACACUGAUGAAGUUCAUGGCUGAAAGUUCACAGGUUGUUGUGUUUGUGUGAAGGUGUGGACUCUGCUAUGGAUCAGUGUGAGGAACCAGAGGAGGGAGUCCGUCCCUCUAAAACCACUCUGCGUGGGGACCAUGACAGCCGGACUGAAGCUCAGAGGAUCCAUCAGAGACCAGCCUCUCCUGGACCUGAACCCAGCCAUGUGUCUGUGAAGAGUGACCUGUCAAUGGAGCCUCCUCUUUUUUUUAGACGUGUUGUUGGAGGGAUCCAUCAGAGACCAGACUCUUCUAGGCUUAAACCCAGCCAUGUGUCGUUGAAGAGUGACCGGUCAAUGGAGCUUCCUCUUUUUUUAAGACAACAUGCUGAUGUAAAAGUGGACGAGGAAAGCUCAGACGUUCCCAGUGGUCAGUGUGCCCAACAUGAGCCACACCUGGACUCCAUAUUUAUGGUGCUGGAGGAGAACAUUAUCACUUUUGUGAAAACUGAGCUGAAGAAAAUCCAGAGGGCUCUGAGUUCAGAUCAUCCGGAAUGCUCAGAGAGUCAAGAGGAAGAGGAGGUGUUGGACAGUAAGGCUGAAGCACUGAGGAGGAGCAGCAGAAAGGCAUUUCUGAAGAUAACGCUGGGCUUCCUCAGGAGAAUGAAACAGGAAGAGCUUGCUGACUGUCUGCUGAGCAGUAAGAGGAUUUCUCUGAGGAUUUAACAUGUUAGAUGAAUGGGACAUUUACUAAAGUCUCAAGAGAAU